AUGACCUCAUCACCAUCAUCAUCAACGAUUAAGACUUCACGUGCUUGUGUCUUUAUUGAUUCUAGUGAUCCCAAGAUUCGUAACCAGUUGAUGAUGAAUACCAUUUCUCAUCCGUUUAUAAAACCAACAUUCCCUCCUAUUAUUAACUUGCGAGAAUUAAUUUCAAAGCAAGUUUCCGCAGAUCCUAGUAAAAAUAAUUCGGGUCGUGCCCCGAAUGCCUUCAUCAUAUAUCGAAAGAUAUUUGUGGAGACCGCAAGAAAGGAUGGUUAUCAAUUACCAAUGACUGUCGUAUCUUUAAUGGCCUCACAAUCUUGGGAAUUGGAACCAGAAAUUGUUAAAGAAGAGUAUAAGAGACUGGCAAAGGAAGCAAAUAUUAUUAGGAAUGAAAUCAUUCCUAAAUCUAGUCGUCGAAGGAAAAGGGAAAAAUGGAAUAUUGUUUCUUUUCCAAAUAAUACUACUUGCAAAGAUCCUGUCGUUAAAUCAAAGUCAUUGAACAAAAAGAAACAAUUGACGGUUAACAAAAUUAAAAAAGUUGAAAUCCUUUCACCUUCAUCUUCACCAGUCUCUCCAUUUGAAUUUGAGAGUCCAAAGAUUACCUUUGACAUCCCUUUCGAUAUUGUCUCUCCUAUUAUCGAUCGAUUUCUUGAUUCCGAUUCGUUACCUGACGAUCCCCCCCAAAAUGAUUCUCCCAACUCAAGCGAUUCAAAUAAUAACAAUAACCUUACUACCGAAUUUAACAAUGAAUCAAUAAUCGGAGAACAAAACGUGGACAAUUCAACAGAUUCGCUUGUCAUUCAACGUGAUAAUAAUAUCGGUUGUCCUUAUAAGGAAUUUGAGUUUGAUUCUCAAGGAUUCUCAUCGUUUAAUGAUAAUGAUACAAUUUCCUAUCCCUCCUUUUGGUUCGAGUUUUAA